UGACUCGCCGACCGAGACGUCAGCCACAGGGCCCUCACCCCAUUUCACAGAGAAACGCACAACAAGCCAACCCACAUCGCAGCACGUCGCUACCUGCUGCACACUGGCUCUAGCCCAUUGCGCUGUGACAACCCAACCCAACUCAGCUCGCCUCGGCUGGCCCUUGCUGCACCUGUAAGUAAUCUCGACAAGGGCGAGGUCGCAUUCCGCGCUUGCGCAUAUUCCUCCACUCGUCCAAUCGUCGGAGUGCGGCGCAAACAACAUUUCAGCAGGGAGUCGAAAAAUCUCCAAAAAACUGCCUAUUUUCUAACGUCAAAAUGGUGCAAGGCGGAAUGAAGUGCGUUAAGUACCUGCUGUUUGGGUUUAAUUUCUUGUUCUGGCUUGCAGGGACUGCAGUCUUGGCAGUUGGAUUAUGGCUUCGUUUUGAUGCAUCAACGAAGGACAUAUUUGAAUUUGAAAACCAGCCUUCUACGUUCUACACUGGUGUCUAUAUUUUGAUUGGAGCUGGUGCAUUGAUGAUGAUUGUUGGGUUCCUAGGGUGCUGCGGUGCAAUUCAAGAAUCUACCUGCAUGCUUGGAUGCUUCUUCGUUUUUCUCCUCAUCAUAUUUGCAGUUGAAAUUGCAGCUGGAAUAUGGGGCUUUUUGAAUAAAGAUAAGGUUACUGAGGAAGUGCAGGAUGUAUAUAGAUCCCUGUAUACCGAAUAUGUUGUCGGAAAAGAUGAAAGCAAGAAAGCAGCUCUAAUUGCAAUUCAGAAAGGUCUGGACUGCUGUGGAAUAGGAGGGGCAGUGGAACCACUUAUCCGUGACACUUGCCCCAAAAAAGAAUUUUUGGAAGAGUUUACCAGACAGGGAUGUCUACAGGCAAUUGAUGAUAUGUUCAACAAAAAGCUUUACAUCAUUGGGGCAGUUGGGAUUGGAAUUGGAAUCAUAAUGAUUUUUGGCAUGAUUUUCAGCAUGGUGUUGUGCUGUGCCAUCCGUAAUAGCAGAGAGAUGAUUUAAGGAAUGUUUCAAUCAACUAUGCCUUUCAGCAAUGGAAUGGAUUUUUCAACCACACUUGCUUCUAUUUGUUAACAGCUUAACUUUAAUAAACAUAUAAUUUUUUCACAUUUUAUAUUCAGUUUAAAAUAUCUGUAUAACUUAACCUUAAAUAAAACUUCAUCUGUUUAAUAAGUUCAUGUUUUGUUUAACAUUUUGUAUAAGUUGAGUGAAAAGAACUGCAAGCUCUAAUCUGAAGUUUUCUUCAAGGUUUUCAAUAAUUUUAAAUGUAUUUGUCGUAUUGGCUUAAAUUGAAAGUUCUAGGAGGCUUUGGCUUCUGAAUUUGAAGUGCCAACAUAGUUACAUAGCUGUCAGGAGUGUUAAUCUAUGGCUCAGAAGAGCAAAAUGCUUAUGUUGAAUGUUGGCCUUACCGGAAUUUAAUAAACCCUUUAAAAUAUUUUGUUUGUGGAAUUUAAGAAAUGAGAUGCAACAUUUAGAUAGCAAAAUUUACUUGCUCCUUUGAGAAAAUAAAGUUUAAAUUUGAACUUCCAGAA